AUUUUUCUUGAGAGUCUACAACUUGAGAGUUAGUGAUAACUUCGGGUUACGUACAGGUUUUGAACACGCUACAAGGAAAAGAUCACAUUGAAUAUGUAUUCAUGCCUGUGUGGGUAUGCAUGUAUUGUGUAAGUGUGUGUGUGAAAAUGUAUAUGCGAAGAGCGAAACCAUAGGGUAGAUGCGAUUGUGAUAAACCAGUUUAUAACGUUCAAAACAAUACAAAGUAGUGUAGUAAUGCGAUAUGACGCAAGAUGCGGGAAUCAGUGGAAUGGCAGAGUUGUUUAAUUUGUUAUCUGGGUUUUUUUUUUGAGUGAGAGCAUUUAGUUGGACUUCCCUAAUCUCAAUUUUUAUUGAAAAGGAAAAUUAAUCAAUGCAAACUAGGAAAUUUUUAGGUUAAGAGACAACUACUUCACAUUUUUAUCUGAUUUGAACGAAAUUACAAUUACAUACAUGUAUACUUUUAUAUAUCUAAAAAUACCUGAAACUGUGCAUGUCAACAUAUGAUACCUGCUUACAAUGUUUCAUUCAAGCAAAACAUUUCAAAUUUUAAAAUUCCCAAAUGAAAUCGAAGGCCCAUUGCUUACUGUUUUGAACAACAGAAGAUAAAAUAUUGUUAGUUGUAAAUAUCAAUUUUGACGACAAUAAUAAACCCUUAGAGCUAGCUUACUUAACGUCAGCUAUCUCUAGAAACAGCACCGAAAAAUAUAAUUUUAGUCGAAUUUGUUUUUUUUUUUUGUGUGUUUCAGUUUGCUGCAUGUUAUGUAUUGCUUCACAUGAAUACGAUUAAAAUAUAAAAAAAUGCAGCUACAGAUUGCGGAUCACAGACUCAGCUGAAGUGAAGGUAUUUCAGCCGGUUCGUUUUAGCUGAGUAGGUUGGCCACUGCAUUAAUAAAAAUAAGUUGAUGGCUUGCGUUAUUAUUUGCUCUGACUUGACGAGUUUACCGUAGAUGAGUUUGCCUCAUUUACUUGACUUCGCUUAAGUUUUGCAUGGUUGCUCAGCAGGUUAUUCGAUGAGGCAUUUGCUUUGGGUUUCUUGUGAUUUAACUUUUUGUGGAGUGUGGAGUGAGUGGUGUGUUGUUUGGUGUCUUCAUAGUAGUGGUUUGAACUUGAGCUCUAUACAUAAUUGAACCAGUCAAACGAUCAACAGGAACUAAUUCGUUCAGUUCGGUCCGUCAGCAACAAUGGUGAUAUAAUUCUUUCAGAAAUGGAUGAUUCUGUCAAAGUAGUGGACCAUAUAGUGAAGCUGGAGAUCAAGAAAGAUCCUGAUCAAUGCCGUCCCCACAAUGCAUUGACUAGAACAAUUUCGCAACCACAACCCCAAGCUCAACAUGAGGCAAAUGUGGAGUCUUAUGUAUCAACCAUAUUGGAAAACUUCGGAAACAUGAAUUUACAUCGUAAACUGGAGAGAACACAAUCUGAACCCUUACCGCAACAAGUUAAUACUUCCAGGUACAAAACUGAACUUUGUCGUCCGUUUGAAGAAGCCGGUGAAUGCAAGUAUGGAGAGAAGUGCCAGUUUGCUCAUGGAUAUCAUGAGCUACGAAACCUACAAAGACACCCAAAGUACAAAACUGAAUAUUGUCGCACAUUCCACAGCGUUGGAUUUUGUCCUUAUGGCCCAAGAUGUCAUUUUGUACAUAACGCAGAUGAAGCUAGAGCUUUACAACAAAUGCAGCAGCAACAGCAACAACAACAGCAGCAAACAAAAUUGCAAAAUCAUUCCAGUUUUCAUAACUGCAUCACAACUUAUCCAUUGCAAACUAAACCAGGAAACAACGCAGCUAAUCUCAAUCAUUCAUUACCUUUGAGUCCUCCCCUGAGCAUGUCUACAGGCUCAGAUCGAGAGUCACCCACAGGAUCAUUAUCGUUAAGUCCUACCAGUUCUAUGACUAAUUUUACAUUUGGCGAACAAGUUAGCCCGGUAAACUCGGUUUUCCAGAACACAUUUCCUUACGUAAACACUCCACCAGAAAGCCCGAACGCACCAAUUUCCCCAGUGAAUACACCACCGCCUAAUAUAAUAUUGGGUUCAAUACAAAAUCAGACUUCGUUGUACAUAAAGCCUGUUACAAUUCAGGGCAAACAGGUCCUACAAAAGAGUUCGAGUUCUCCAAUCGCUAUAAUCAGGAAUGUUAAUAAAAUUCCAACCAAAGUUAAUUCUGUUUCAUCACUUAACAGUGUUGAAGAUGCACGUCUGCCAGUUUUUAACAGAUUGAGCUCAGCUGUUGAAAAGUUUCCUAACAAAGCUUUAUAAUUUGACGAAAUCUCAAUUUGAAUAUAAUUAAAAUUUCUAGUUUUUUGUUAUUUUACAUUUUAAAUUAUAUAUACAACCUAAAUUAUUAAACAAAAAAUAUAUUUUACGAUAAUUUAUAUAUUUUAUAUUAAAUAUCUCUUUAUCCAGAAAAUGGAUAUAUACUAGAAAGGGGACUUAGUUUAUAGGAAAGAGUUGGAGAACGAUGAAUAGGCAAAAUAUGCUUUUGCAUUUAUUAAAUUAUCUAUAUAUAUAAUAUUUAUUUUAUAUAUACAAUAUAUCAUUUCAUUUUGUUUACAGAUUUAUAUUAUAUGCCGCUAAAACACUUUCAUAUAAAAUUAUUAAUUUAUAACUUAAACACACAAUGGAUAAUGUAAUUAAAUUAGGUGCAGUUAUGAAAAUUACAAAUAUUGAAAUGAAGUCAAUGUGAGAUGAGAAAUUUAUAUUUUGUAGUAUUAAAAUUGAAAAUAUAUUUACCCGGAUACUAUAUUAACGUAACUACCUGUAUAACGUAAAUUAUUACCUACUUUUACAUAACAAUACAAAUGUAUAAAUGAAAUGAAAAAUAUUUAUUCCAAUACGUUACAAAAACUCGAAGAUGGUUAACACUGAUGAAAAUUCUCAAAGUGCCUUACAGUUAAUUAAAUAUAUACAUAUGUAGAUAUUUUAGUAUUUAUACAAUUUUUAUUUAAUUGGUUAAGAGAUGAUUCGUGAAUUAGUCGUCUUCCUUUUUUACUUUCGUUAAAAAAAAUGCUUCCAUUUAUUUUUACAUGUGCUUAUACAAAUUUUGAAUAAAAUACAUUUACUUUUUCUUAUUAAAAUGUU